UAAAAUCUGAGAAAACGCUUUCGGCUUUCGGAUAUCUGUGUGAUGAGUAGGCCUAGGCUACUAGCGAGUAAUUCAACAGAAAACAAUGGGUGGCCGCACUUUGUGUCCGUCAGCCUCAUCUAAUUAGCAGCGUGUUCCCUGAAAGUUGAAUGCAGCGGGCAGUAGUAGGCCUAUAGUAUGCGGGCCACUUCAACUAUUUGCGUGAGCAUAUUAGCCUGUAAAGAUACAUCAGAUCCACAGAUCUCGCUAUACAGUCAUACUUACAUAAUCAUAGCAGUGGUACGAGAGCAUAGCGGCAGUUUCUUAAUUGUAGUGUCAAAAAAGUAAAGCGCUGUGCCAUAUGCUGCCAGGCGGCUCUCUGAAGGUAGGCUAACUCAAAUCAGCGUGAUUUAACUGGGUGCUAAUUUCCCAGCCUCAGUAUGCAUCUGUUUGUGUAGGCUAGGUAUGUGAUCAUGUGCAAUGACAAUUAAUAAUAAUUGUAAUAAUAAUGAUAAAAAAAUCGAAAUAGGAAACAUGACGAGGCCUUCUGGUGGCCGAGGUCCAAGACAAUUGCCCGACCUUGCCCUUUGGUAGCGCCGCCUAUGCACUUACUGCAACUUAAAGGUGCAGUCAGCGAUUUCAAACAUUUUCACAUUCAGCAAUCAUCUUCUCACAACCACCAGCUGCCCAUUCCGUGAGUACAGUGUAGGCUUUAAACAACCUCUGUAGGCAGCCCAGGCUCAGAAAACUGGAAACAAACAAAGUGGGGGCAGCCUGUUCCCCAAACAAAAACAAAACCCUGCUUGAUAUUUCUUUGGGAAUACUGACUGGAGGGAUGAGCUACCUCAGUGAUGAAUUCACCUAUCAACAGUAUAUUGGCUGUGCCUUCAAUCGCCAGGGCCCGGUUGGGCGCUUUUGGCGUUAUGGAUUUAAUACUAAAGACAUUAUGCAAGUGGAUCUGAAGAAUGAGGCUGUUGUGGCUGUAAGUGAUGAGGGCAAUUUUAUGGCAGAAGAAAGACAAAGUAAAGUUUAUUUCAAAGACAAGGAAUAUAAACUGAUGAGGAUAUGUUCUGCAGUUAAUACGGUCUUCUUGCAGUCCAACAACUCCCUCUCCAAAGAUGCUAAACCCACUGUCAGAGUGUCUUUGGAAGAGUCGGAGGGUAAGGAGUACAUCAUGUGCUCUGUACAGGGAUUCUCCCCAAACACCAUUAGCGUGCGCUGGGUUUAUAAAGGAAAAAUUGUGCACUUUGCUAGAACAACCACUGGGCUUCUGCCUCGCAAAGAUGGAACAUUCCAGAUCACCAGUUAUCUGACUCUGGGGAACAAGACACUUCAGGACAUUGUCUGUGAGACAGAGCACAUCAGCAUUGAAGGAACUUUACAGGCCACCCUUGACGACAAGUAUUCAAUGGGAAUCUUAGUUGGAGUUGGCAUCCUCUCAUUCUUUCUGGCAUGCCUGACACCAGUGGGUGUAACUGCUUUUAUUUCCUGUAUGAAGAGGAGGCCCCAGAGCUCACUUAAUGACUCUUUGGAACAGUCUAGUGAUAACAGUGUUAACCCUGCUUCUGUGAGUCUAAUGGAUAUCGAGCCUCAGGCGGAUCAGGACCCAGUGGCAUAAAUAAAACACCUGUUGCUGUUCAGAGCAGGCCCUCUUGUGGAUAUUUUGGAGAGUGUAGUGUACUCUGAGCUGGUGAAUUCAGUUUUGAAGGAACAAUGCAAAUUGAAUUUGUACUUUUUGGGAUCUUGGUUGGUUAAUAUUAAAGAAGGAGCAUUUAUUCACACACGGAAGAUAAAUGAAAACAAAUAAUAUUGAACAGAACCCCCAAUCCCCGAAACAUUGAAGGAUAGAAGUAAUCAUACAGUGCCAUAUUAAAUAACACAAAUUGAAUUUACUUGAGGUCACUAUUUGUGUUGAGUACCCGAGUUGUGAAGGAGAAAUCAGGCCGAGACAGCAGGUUUAAGAGGGCCCACGGUGUUUUAUUUACAACGUGAAACAAUAAUCAAAAAUACAGUUGACUUCCUAUCCGACACUCGAUCGCACCCAACGUGAAGUAAAAGGAAAAAGACAAACAAAACAUUUAACAGACACAAAUAUUUAAAGGUCUCUUAUGGCUACAUGCCACUAUAUAUAGCAGACCUGACCGCAGGACUCACACCAGCCCCUUACCGCGUGUCAUAAAACAUCGAACUCCUGCAUAGAGAAAAGCCGGUGUUUAAAUGGGCAAUUAAUUAAUUACUUCUGCCGACACCGGCGAAGUCUAGGCACCGGCGAAGUCUAAACACCCAAAACGGGCACACCGCCCCUACCUGGUGGACAUCUAAAGCAAACAUCAUGACAUCAAAAGUUACCAUAGCACACCCCCAAAAACACAUGAUCAAAUAUUAAGCAACAUUCCUCGCGUGCAAAGGAACGCCGCGCCCAACACAUUGAACACGGCAAAAUAAUAAUUCAUGAAAUUGACAUGAAACAUACAUCAUUAAUUAAAAAAUAAUCAAAGAAUCAUAGUGCGAUGUGCUGCUGAGGUGGCACAUCACACUAUUGAAGUAAAACAUUAAUACAUAUUUUUACAAGCAAACAGAUACAUGAUGAAUCCUGACACACAUCUAACAGUGGGGGCCUGUCAACUUAUAAACAUACAGCAUAAAAGUAGAGAUAAAGAAACCACAUAGUUUGACAGAGCUAAAACAAAAAGCACAAAUGCACAUUUUCUUCAAAAUCUUUAAAUAUGCAACAUACAAUUGUUUUCAAAGAAAAAUGCUUUUUUAAUCCACAACAAAAGCAUUUGAAGACUAAAAUCAGAAUGAAAAUGACCAAAUAUUAUUUUCUUGGCUAUAUACUGUACAUUGUCAAGCGCAGUAAAUCACCAAAAUGCAAAAGCACAAUAUUAAGAAUACUAAUACAUAUUAGUUGUUCAUGAUGAAUUUAUAAUUUCAUAAUUGUAAGACUAGCAACCUUUGUAAGUUUGUGGUCUGUGUAAGUCUGGCUAGUUUGUAAUUUGUUUGUGCCAAUAUGUAUUCAUGUGUUUAGCUGUUGACCAGUGCUAGUGAGAGGUGAUGAGUAGAUGCUGACAUCCUGGGCUAGUUCUUGAACAUGUCACACAGGAGUUUCUCCAUGGGCGUGUUCCCAAUGGUGCGGUGGAAGAAGAGGAGCUCAAUCCGCUCUGAGCUCACCAGCCUCAAAGAUGGCAGCAGCAACAGCAGCCUCCCAAACCUGCACACACAUGCACCGCAUGUGUUAAGUGGGUGUUUGUUUUGUAUGUGUAAUAUGUCUAUGUGUGCCCCUAUGUUGUAUGUGUCUAGAUGUGUUUGUGUGUGUGUGUGUGUGUGUGAGUCAAUGACGUGACAUGCAGAUCCAUUACUUUUGGUUUAAAAUAAUUUUAAAUGAUUCAUAGCAAGCUUAAUUGUAUUCUAUAAAACCUGUAUAAUUUGAACAUGCUGUAUAUUCUGUUUAUCAUAAACAUUAUAUAUAUUUUUAUGUUUUGUCAUCUCAAACCCUCAAAUUGUCAGUUGGCACAACUGUCUGAGCAAAUUAACACAAUGUGAAAAGUAUUAAAUAUAGAAUUUAAAGGUAAGGGAAUUAAAAAUAAAUAUGGGGGCAUAAUUUUAUGUUGAAGACCUUUCAAAUAAAUAAAGUUGACUAGCUCUUAAAUUGUUUGGAAAAGUGAAAAAAAAAAAAUUCCGGAAAUUUGCACAUCUGAGAUAUCAGGGCGGUACAACCACAUUCAUAGAAUGUUUAUAUUGUAUAUUGCCUCAUCAAGAGGACCCCAAGUGACCUUUACUUAUGAGUGAAAAGUUUGUAAAUCUCUCUCAAAUAUUGAAAAAAUAGCUAGUUGGACAUGUACAGUUUACAUGUCAGAUGGUACAACCAAUGUAAAACUAAGAAAAAAUAGGUGGCACAACCGCAUCGUCAGGUGGUGCAACCAGGUAAAAUACUAAUUUAAACCAAUAAAUGGUAAAUUAAAGUGAACAAAUGUGUUUUGUAAAUUUGUAAAGUAACUGUAAAGUUAAUUUGUAAAGUAUCUAUUCACAUUUGACAUAAAUGUAAAGUUGGAUGUUGGAAAACCAAAAUACCCACCCUCUACAAUAAAGUAUUCAUAAGUUACUUUUAA